GCCCUUCGAUCCUUCCGGUUCUGCGCCCCCAUCCUUUCUCCGGGCCCCUCCUACCUGCAGCCUUUGGGGCUCGGCGGGACUCACUGCCCCGCAGAGAACCCGGCCGCCGAGCCCCGCCCCCCGGCGCCGGGCUGUUCCCUAGGGUCCGCGCGAGGCAUACCCUUUCCACCCCACCUGCAGCGGGCUCGCUUGCUGCACGCAAUCCUCCAUCCUCCGAAAGACACAGGGUCUGGCCCUCGCGUCUUUCCGCCCCCACGUCAACUGCAGGGGCCCCGCACAUAGCCAGUUCCGGGGCGGUUGCUCGCACCGACCGGAACUCCCCGCCCCCUCCCGUGGCCGCGGGGCCGUGGGAGGCAGCAAGGAGGAGGGAGAGGGGGCGGAGGCCGCGGUGGGGUGUUCUUAGAGGACUGGGACCCUAAAGGCGGGACAUUGGGGCGAUCCAUGGGUGGGGCCAGCCAUUAACCAGCCCCACUUUUCCUGUGCCAGGCACUGAACUGAGCUCUUGACGGGCAUCAUCUCUUAAUCCUCAGAACAUCCCAGGGAGCUCCACAGGGUCCCCGAUCCUGGGCCAUGAGUGAGUUGAAGGACUGCCCCUUGCAGUUCCACGACUUCAAGUCUGUGGACCACCUGAAGGUGUGUCCCCGCUACACAGCAGUGUUGGCCCGCUCUGAGGAUGAUGGCAUCGGUAUCGAGGAGCUGGACACUCUGCAGCUGGAGCUUGAGACUCUUCUUUCUUCUGCCAGCCGACGCUUGCGGGUGCUUGAGGCCGAAACCCAGAUCCUCACCGACUGGCAGGAUAAGAAAGGUGACCGACGAUUCCUGAAGCUGGGUCGAGACCAUGAGCUUGGUGCUCCCCCAAAACACGGGAAGCCCAAGAAGCAGAAGCUGGAAGGGAAGGCCGGACAUGGGCCGGGCCCUGGCCCUGGGCGACCCAAAUCCAAAAACCUUCAGCCCAAGAUCCAGGAAUAUGAAUUCACUGAUGACCCAAUCGACGUGCCACGUAUCCCCAAGAAUGACGCCCCCAACAGAUUCUGGGCUUCGGUGGAGCCCUACUGUGCCGAUAUCACCAGUGAGGAGGUGCGCACGCUAGAGGAGCUACUGAAACCCCCAGAAGAUGAGGCUGAACAUUACAAGAUCCCGCCCCUGGGGAAGCAUUACUCCCAGCGCUGGGCACAGGAGGACCUGCUGGAGGAGCAGAAGGACGGGGCCCGGGCAGCAGCCGUGGCCGACAAGAAGAAAGGCCUUACGGGGCCGCUGACUGAACUGGACACGAAAGAUGUGGAUGCCCUGCUGAAGAAGUCUGAGGCCCAGCACGAGCAGCCGGAAGACGGGUGCCCCUUUGGUGCCCUGACUCAGCGACUCCUGCAGGCCUUGGUGGAGGAAAAUAUUAUUUCCCCCAUGGAGGACUCUCCUAUUCCAGACAUGUCUGGAAAAGAAUCGGGGGCUGACGGGGCAAGCACCUCUCCCCGCAAUCAGAACAAACCCUUCAGGCUGGCCCUUGAGCUGAGCACUGCCUUUCCCUGCAGUGUGCCGCAUACCAAGUCCCUGGAGAGCCGCAUCAAGGAGGAGCUGAUCGCCCAGGGCCUGCUGGAAUCUGAGGAUCGCCCUGCAGAGGACUCGGAGGACGAAGUUCUGGCGGAGCUGCGCAAACGGCAGGCCGAGCUGAAAGCGCUCAGCGCCCACAACCGCACCAAGAAGCACGACCUGCUGAGGCUGGCAAAGGAGGAGGUGAGUCGGCAGGAGCUGAGGCAGCGGGUCCGCAUGGCAGACAAUGAGGUCAUGGACGCCUUCCGCAAGAUCAUGGCUGCCCGGCAGAAGAAGCGGACCCCCACCAAGAAGGAGAAGGACCAGGCCUGGAAGACUCUGAAGGAGCGUGAGAGCAUCCUAAAGCUGCUGGACGGGUAGCUCUCACCCCUGCCUCAGGCUGCGUUCCCCUGGCUUGGGAGGGGGAGGCCCACUUCCUUCUUUGGGCUGCCAGAAGCCUCAGCCUGUGGCUGCCUGUCUAAUGGUGACAGUCUCUAGAAGCUGUGACCCUUCCCUGAGGUCUUUUGGCCCAGCUCUGUACAGCCAGGACAUGAGAGGCCCUGCUGGGCUGGCCUGGGGCCCAGUCUCUGCUUGGUCCCCCAAGAUGGGGGGGCUUCAUUUCUGGGGUGUCCUCGUCCCCCCCUUCACCAUCUUCCACUCCCCUACCCCUUUCCCCCUCAAGGACUUCUCCCUUGUGGUUUUGUAAAGUACAAACUUAAGAAUAAAGUGACUGAUGUGGUUUUUU